ACAAUACAAUGGGUCGUUCCUCUGCUGUGAAAUGUUGAUUAUAAGACUUAUAAGACUAAAAACAAACUGCGUGAGUUUUUGUUUUUAUAAUAAUAAUAUAAUAAUUUUAGUUUACUGACAGUUAUGACCUGAUGUAUCAAAUUAAUGUUUAUUGAAGUCUGUUCUAUUCAACACCUGGAGUUAAGUUUUUUUUUUUUUCGACCCUCUAAAUAAUUUAAAACCUGUUGUGUUAUUUGGUAACAUUGUAACUGAAGUGUUGUUCCAUAUAAUCUGAUGUCAUCAAGAAAACAACGUUACGAUUCUGCUUUUCCCACAGAUCUUGAAACAUUUGGUACAUCUAGGUCUGUGCUCCAAUUACAGUCGGAUCCUCGGCGCAUGCGUACAUUCUAAAAAACGAUUUGCACAACAGCGAAGCAUCAAAGAUGGCGGGAGCCCCCGACCCGCUGGAGGACAUGCUGUCCACCGAGGUGGACGAGAAGGCGGUCAGCGACCUGGUGGGCUCCCUGGAGUCCCAGCUGGGCGACAGAAUACCCCCCGCGGCUUCUGAUCCAAACGGGAAGCGGGACGUGGCGGCGGCCGGCCACCUCUCAGGGAAAGCUGGGUCUUCGGAGCCUCAACAAGGGCACCAAACCGCGGGGUCGACCCGGGAACCCGGCGCCAACCAGCCUCUGUCCGGGCAGAACGUUCCCUCCUCUGUUACCGCCGGGACAAUAAGAAAUACCGGAACCGGUUUGCAAACGGCAGGAGCGCCCUCUCUGACCGCUUUACCCGGACCGGUAACUCUGAGCAGCCAGCCCGCUGCUAGCUUCACCCGGGCUGCUGUCCUGGCUCCCAGUCCGGUGGAGGCAAUCCGGACCUCCUCUCCCAGCUUACAGUCCCUAAACGGCAACGCAGGAGCCAGUAAGGUUGAGGGUUCGCCCGGUCACCCUCCACCCAGCGGGUCCAUGGCUUCACAGCCCGGACUCCCUGCCCCUCAGUCCCCGGCGGGCACCCCCGCUGUGACCCUGCAGGGACACCCCAGCCCUGUGAUCAGCACCACCCAGAACGGUUUGGACCCCAAGGGUUCAACUUCCCUAUCAGCCGCUCAGGUCCUGAACCACAACAACCCUCUAAUACACACCAAGAUGCUUGUGACUAGCACCCCGCCUCCAGCUGCAGCCCAGGCCUCCAUCAUCCAGACCCAAACUGGGUCUGGCACACCGCUCACCGGGGCCAAAUCUGCCAUCAAUGGGAUGGCUCAGUCUGGUGUAGCAGUGGUGAGGCCCCCUGGUGCUCCUGUUGGGGCGGCCACUUCCAUCCAGCCACAGCGACCCGGGCUGGUGACCGCUACAACCCGGACAGCUGCCCCACAGACCACCCUUGCUGUUCGGCCUCAGCAGCAAACCACUAUCCAGCUGCCCCCAGGCUUCACCAUGCCUCCAGGUAUGGUUCUGGUCCGGACUGAGACGGGUCAGCUGGUCUUGGUUCCUCAGCAGGCUCUGGCCCAGGCUCAGGCCAAGCUGCAGCAGGGUCAGACAGUGGUCACUCAGAGACCUGCGGCGCCACUGGCCACACCCACCAUCCGGGUCAGCACUGCCACCACGGUGCCCGGAGCCCCACAGACGGUCCGGCUGACCUCACCCACUCCCACCAGAAUAGUCCCGUCUCCUUCCACCACCUCUGUACAGCCCCUCACAGUUAAUGCUGCUGGGGCUGUGAAGAUGCCGGUGCCUCAGAAGACGUCCACAGCAUUCACAGCAGGAAUGACGCCUGCAGCCAAGCCCGCUAUCCUAACCCCCACCGCCACGACCACUGCCCCGCCCGGUGCCAGGGUCACUAUGGUGUCACAGGAAAUGCAGGAAAACGUGAAGAAAUGCAAGAACUUCCUGUCCACGCUCAUCAAGCUGGCAUCCCACAACUCCCCGUCCCCAGAGACGUCCAAGAAUGUGAAGGCCCUCGUUCAGGACCUGCUUGACGCAAAGAUUGAACCUGAGGAGUUCACGUCUCGGCUGCAGGCUGAGCUGAAGUCCUCCCCACAGCCCUACCUCAUCCCCUUCCUGAAGAAAAGCCUCCCUGCUCUGCGUCAGACUCUGCUUAACAGCCAGCAGUCUUUGACAACAGCUCCACCCACCACCUCAGCUCCACUUCCGGUUGCACCCGGAUCCGUCACUGCAGCCACCAUCAGGCCGCGGCUUCCACUCAACGCCACAGGAACCGCUGUCCGCUUGAACCCGCCCGUCGCCAACACGCCGGCUGUGGCUGUGGGCAGAGCUGCAGUCCAGACUAUCCAGACCCGGCCUCCUGUGGUCCUCAGUCAGCCGCUCAGGCAUCAAGCCACACUCUUACGAGGACCCUCAACCAUGGCAGGUAAACCUGCUGGCCACCUGACGACUCUGGCCAAUCAGAAGAAACCGACUGACCCAGGGGGCGGGACUUUCAGAGAUGAUGAUGACAUCAACGAUGUGGCAUCGAUGGCCGGGGUCAACCUUAACGAGGAAAACGCCCGUAUCCUAGCAACUAGCUCGGAGCUCGUUGGCACAAAGAUCCGGUCCUGUAAGGACGAAUCCUUCCUGCCACCGGGCCUGCUACACCGCCGUAUUCUGGACUCAGCCAAGAAGCUGGGCGUCACCGAGGUGCCGCUGGACGUCGUGAACCUCAUCUCGCACGCCACCGAGUCCAGACUGCGCUCGCUGCUAGAGAAGGCCUCUGUGAUCGCUCAGCACCGCGCAGACGGAGCAAAGGAUGAAGGAAACCUGACCUACGAGCAGACGUCGGACGUUCGAUCCCAGCUGCGGUUCUUCGAGGCGCUGGAGCGGAUGGAGAAACAGCGGAAAGACGAGCAGGAGCGAGAGAUGCUGCUGAAGGCCGCCAAGAGUCGGGCCCGACAGGAGGAUCCGGAGCAGGCUCGCCUCAAGCAGAAGGCUAAAGAGAUGCAGCAGCAGGAACUGGCUCAGAUGCGACAGCGAGACGCCAACCUCACAGCCCUCGCCGCCAUUGGGCCAAGAAAGAAACGCAAGCUGGACUCAGGAGGCGGAGCUUCAGGGGGCAGCGAGGUUACGUCAGGAUCCGGUUCCAGCUCCUCUGCCUCCUCAUCCCGGCAGCAGCUCCGGCAGCGGAUCACUCGGGUUAACCUCAGGGACUUCAUCCUGUGUCUGGAGCAGGACCGCAGCACCGCUCGCUCUCUGACGCUCUACAAGGCCCUGCUGAAGUGAUCAGUGCCCCCUCCUGGUCCUCCAGCUACGACAGGGAGGGAGGCGGGUGGUGCAGAUGGUGGUCCAGUCUGAGUCUGUUCACCUUCAGUUCUGCUGGUCCGCCUUCCAUUACUCAUGACGGCCCAGUUACAGAGCACUGCUGGUAAAGGAGCACUCCCAACCACCAGAACAGUUUCUGCAGAGCAGGACUGGAACCAGCAGCAAAAAGCUGAAGGUCCUGUUGGAUUUUACCUGUUUAGUUUGGAGAUCUGAAGAUAAGAUGGUUCCACCUGUCAGCAGCUAAUGGUUUCGCUUAAAACAACCCAAUGUUAGGUUCUGUUCUUAGCCUGACAGGGGAAAAUCUUUCUGAAUAGAACCUGAGGCUUUUUGUCAGCCCGAAUACUCGUUAAAACAUUUCGUUCAGAACUGAACCAGAAUCAUGUCAGAACAUAAAUAUUCUCACUCAGGGACAGUUUGGUGAUCCAAUCACUCAGGAUCAGUCACGUUGAUCGGCCUGAUAAACUUGAUUGAUUCUCAGCGAUCGGUCAAAGAACCUCUAAUAAGCCUCAAGCAUGUCGAUUUAACUCCAGAACCCCUUUUGGACUGAAACUCCUGCAGAAGCCCAACCUCAUUUGGGAACCAGGUGGAGAACAGGUGAUAAAUAAUGCAGGUGUGGGGUUGAGCAGGUGGAAUGCUCCUUUAACUGCAGCAGGUUUGUUGUAACUUCCUGCCAUGUUGGUCUGCGAGCUGUUCUGAUUGGUUGCCAGCAUGACCACGCUCCCUCCAGAACUCAGCGCUGUACCUGAACAGGUGCCUUCUGAUUGGACGCUGACUGCGAGCUGUGUUUUAAAUGUUCCUGAUGGUUGGCUUGGUCAGAGGAAGCUGCCAUGGUUUUAGACUGAGUGGGUGAGACAGACAGACAGACAGGUUUAAAGGAUCAGUUCAAAAAUUCACUUCCUGAUGAUUUCAUCAACAAUCUGCUGAUCAGACAAGAACUGAUGGAGACCAAUUGAUUGGUUGUCAGGAGAAAAUUCCUUUAUGUGACAAGUUGGAGCGUUCCCCUGCAGGGAGCUGGUUCUCCGACACACAGAAACUCUCUCAGGUUCUGAAGGUCCGACAUUCCUCCAUGGUCUCCAUCCUGGCAGACUGGGACAGAGCUGACCCGGAACAUGGAAUCUGAAAAACUGUGUAGAGCAGUUGGACUUUUUAAGCUUUAACAGCUUUUAGUUUGGAUUCAGCUCCUGAGCUUCAGGACUUAUUUAUAUUUCCUACAUUCAGCCUGAUGCAGUUUUACACUGUUUGUACCUUUGUUACAAAAUGAAAUAAAGAAAAUGAAGAAGAAGAA